UAGGUUCCACGUGCUUGACGUUUGACCGUUUCCCUUGUGCGUGAGAAAAGGGGGAGGUGAAGAACCUUUUGAGAAGACACACAUCCAGCGCUGAGCGCAAGCUAGAUAGGGCUCUCCUUCGCUCCUCUCACACACGACCAGCUUACGCCAUUCAUUCUGCCCUCCCUUGCUCCGGCACACGCUGCAUUCCUACCGUAGUUUUUGGAUAGCGAGCGGCGAUGUUUCUCUGCAGAGCGGCUUGGCAAAGAUAUGGGCCUUUGGCAAGGAAGGUAGCCCAACAGUUAUCUAGAGAUGUGUUGCCACGACGACAAAUGUCAUCAGUCCCCGGUGGUACUGGUGAUAACAUCGUCUACGCCCUGCUGUGUGGCGGGGCCUUCGCUGGAGCCAUCGCAUACACAUACAGCACUGUGACUACAGACCACGCCAGAUUCAAUGACCGUGUAGCGGAUAUCAACGCUCGUCCCAAAACUGUGUGGUCGCCCAAACCAUGGCCUCCCAAGAGCAGGGAUGAGGAAGAGGAGGGUGAGGAAGCAGCAGCCUGGGGAGGAGAGGAGGAAGCAGAGGAGGCGGCUGAGGAGGGAGGAGAGGAGGAGGCAGCAGCAGAGGAGGCUGGAGAGGAGGCUGCAGUUGAGGAGGCUGUUGCGGCGGAAAACGGAGCAGAACCCGCGGAAGAGGCCUCAGUCGAGGCAGAAGCAGCGGCCGAGGCAGUCUCUGAAGAACCUGCUGUGGAGGCAGCGGCAGUAGAGGCAGAGGUGGCACCAGUGGAAGCGGAGACUGUGGUGGAGGAGAUUGCAGAGGCUGUUGCUGAGGUCGCAGAAGAGGUCAUCGAGGUGGCAAAUGAAGUGGAGGCAGCAGCAGAGGAAGUGGCCGUGGAAGAGGCUGCUGAGGAGGCAGUUGCCGUGGAAGAGCCGGAGGAGGAGAUCAACGUGGAACCAGUCAUUCUGGCAGCAGCCUCUGCUUUGGAGGUGACGACAGUCGCUGAAGUGGUCAAAGAAGUGGUUGUGCCUAUUGUAGAAGAAGUCGAGGAGGCCGCCCCAGUGGAGUCCCCAGCUGCAUUGGAGGAGGCCCCAGCUGCAUUGGAGGAGGCCCCAGCUGCAGUGGAGGAGGCCCCAGCUGCAGUGGAAGAGGCCCCGGCUGCAGUGGAGGCGGCCCCGGCUGCAGUGGAGGCGGCCCCGGCUGCAGUGGAGGCGGCCCCGGCUGCAGUGGAGGCGGCCCCGGCUGCAGUGGAGGCGGCCCCGGCUGCAGUGGAAGAGGCCCCGGCUGCAGUGGAAGAGGCCCCGGCUGCCCCACUUGAGGCUGAACUCAUUGAAGAGGCUGCAGUGAAGGAGGCCCCAGCUGCAGUGGAGGAGGCUACAGUGGAGGAGGCCCCAGCUGCCCCACUUGAGGCCACACUCGUAGAAGAGGCCCUAACCAUAGAAGAGACCCCACCUGAGGUGGAGGAGGCUGCAGUGGAGGAGGCCCCAGCUGCAGUGGAGGAGGCUACAGUGGAGGAGGCCCCAGCUGCAGUGGAGGAGGCUACAGUGGAGGAGGCCCCAGCUGCCCCACUUGAGGCCACACCCGUAGAAGAGGCCCUAACCAUAGAAGAGACCCCACCUGAGGUGGAGGAGGCUGCAGUGGAGGAGGCCUCAGCUGCCCCACCCGUAGAAGACGCUGCGAUGGAAGAGACCCCAGCUGCAGUGGAGGCUGCCCCAGUUGUGGUGGUGGCACCUGUGGAGGCGCCCAAGAAGGAGUACAUUGUAGUGGUGCUGGAGGGAGCAGCCAAGACUGAUAAGAGGCCCAAAGUCCUGGGGGUCGGCCCCAUGACCGGCAGGAUCAUCCCAGACGAUGAUGAGGCCCCUGCUGCUGAGGUAAAAGGGCAAGCGACGGCUGCUUAGGAUGCAGAUGCAGUAGAACCACCUGACAGUAAGCACUUGGAGCCCCUGGAUGAUAUACAGUUUCUCUACCCUGAGGGAGAAGAGGGGAUGUGCCUUCCCCAACCCCCCUUUCAUUGACCCCUCCACACACUUUGACCUUUGACCCUUUGAUAUUGAAUAUUGAUCUGUAGUAUAAAACUUGUCUUCCCGUCUUGGUCUAGGGAAUUAUCUGUGUAUAUAUUCAGAUAAUGCCUGCUUUAUGGAAAAAUACAUGAUCUGGUAUGUUUUUCUAGAUGUACAACAUCCCCCAAAAAUUCCCCUCCCCCCAAAAAAGUCCCCACUCUGUCACACCGGGCAAGCUAAAUUAUAAUAAUCUGGGAAUAUUUGGCCAUGGAAAUAUUCCUGGUUGACGUCAGGAGAAUGUAACUGUUUGCCAAAGUUACACAAGUUUGCCAAAAUACCUUAGACUAACUAUUGGACUGAAAUAGUUAUAUAUUAACUUACUUUUGUAGCUCUCCAUUAGAAGCUCGCUGGAACUGGGCCCGGCAGAAUUUGACCCAAUGUGAUUGGUUGACGAUAUGACACAUUGGCUCGCUAGCCUAUACCCUACAUUUUGUCGGGUUGGAAUGCAAUCAAUGUCAAUUCUGAUCAAAUGAAUGGGAACUCUAAAUUGAAAUACGCAGUGGUGGAAAAAGUACUACAU